ACGCCACCUCCAUUUCUUCAAAUCAUAUCAUUGCUCUCUCUGUCUGUUGUUUUUGUUUUCUUUUUUUUUUCUCUGGUUUUAAAUCUGGUAUUUUCUAGUUCUCUGAACUUAGUUAAGAUAUAGAAAUAAUGAAUGGUUGCAGAAGUGAAACUCGGACGAGUUCAAGUAGUGGCGAGUCAUCGGCCGAGUCUGCACAACAGGAAUUGCAGAUGACAGAACCUAUUUCUACAGAAUGGACAGAUGAGAAGCACAGGCUGUACCUUAAAUCUAUGGAGGCAUCAUUUGUUAAGCAAUUAUAUAAUUCCAUGGAUGAUCUUGAUUUGCAAUUAAAGAAGGAGAUGUCAGAUCCAAAUUUGUCAAAGCAAGUACAUUCUAAUAAAAGUACCCCAUCUGGCCAGUUUAAAAUUCUUCGAGGUGGUUGCUGGGAGAAAAUCAAUUUUCAAAGGCCUGCGUCACAAGUAAAUAUAGCAAAUGAACCCAGUGGCGUUCUGAUAAGUCCAUGGAUUCGGCACUUUAGAUCUGCUAGAAAACCCCAAGACAUUGUCCAAGAGAGGAUUGCAUUGCAAAAUCAAGCGAUUAACUCAAGCGGGAAAAAGGUAGUGUCUGGUUGUACAGCAACUUGUUUCAAACGAUCUUAUCCACGUCGCUUCUAUUCAUGUCGAAAUGGCCCCGUUGACAGCAACACAGAGGUUUCAGAUCAGAAUUUCGUGGAUGAAAAUAUUAGAAGUGGCAAGAAAACCAGUGCAUGCAGCUCAGAAAGGAUGAAAAAGCCUAAAACAGGUGCUGCAAUUAAUGACCAGAUUGACAACGAAGACUGUUGGCGGUGAGCUUAGCAAUGGGGAGUAUUAUGGUUCACACUGCGUGAUCCGAUUUAGGAAUUCCUAAACUUUAUCCAACAACCCCUUGUGGAAGCAGUGCUAGUUUAGUUGCAUAACAUAACCCUCCCCUCUUUUACUCUCCAAUGCAUUAGCUCCAAUCGAAGGAAAUCCAAGAUUUCAUCCUUACGCGCGCCCACAUAUGUAUGUAGUAAGGUUCUUUCAUAAUUUGCGCCAAAUCCUUUUCUAGAAUUGUAUUUAUUUCUUUUUCUUUUUCCCCCUUUACUUGUCAAUGACGCAUUUGGCAGUCCAUUUUCUAAUGUUAGUUGCAGCCAUCUAUUUUGAAAUUAA